AUGGCGUGUAGGUCGCUUUUCAGUAUUUGCAGUGGGCGACGCUGUACGGGUUUCCUUUCAAACCUGAAGCGGAAUCUUCUUCUUGUCUUACUGGUGGUUGGAGCAAUCAUUGGCUUUUCAAUCGGAGCAAUAAUCAAUAGCCCCGUGAAUCGCAUCAUCGACCCAGAGAAGAAAGCCACUGUUAUAAUGCUCAUUGGAUUUCCAGGGGAACUGUUCAUGAGCAUGUUGAAGAUGAUUAUUCUACCUCUGAUCGUUGCCAGUGUGAUAACAGCCGUAUCGACUCUGAAUCCUGACGUGGCGGGAAGAAUUGGUCGACGUGCUCUCAUAUAUUACUUAGGAACACUGAUAUUGGCCGCUCUUUUGGGGUUGACCCUCGUGAUGGCGAUCCGCCCAGGUUUAAGCGACAAACCCAGCGAGCAAAAAGAUGUAAAGGCGGUGAAGUACAGGAAUUUGGAUUCGCUUCUUGAUAUGAUAAGGAACUGUUUCCCCAGUAACUUAGUCCAAGCAGCCACAAGCAAGAAAAAAACAAACUACAUUACAGUAUCCGCAAGAUCGAAGACUUACAAUGUCACAAGCGAUUAUAUUCACCUCGAGACUGGCGAGGAAAUUAUCGGCGUCCAUUACAAUGGUACCGUAAACAUUACCACCCUAAGAAGAGAGAUCCAAGCAGGUUCGAGCACUGUACCUGCAGGAGUGACGACCACGGGAGGAAUGAACAUCAUUGGUCUGAUCGUGUUUUCCAUAGUGUUUGGUGUUGUCCUUGCGAGGUUGCGUGACAAAGGAAGACCGCUGGUUGAAUUCUUCUCGGCAUUGAACGAGGCUAUAAUGAUGAUUGUUUUCUUUGAAAUGUGGCUGGCUCCAAUUGGCGUGUGUAGCCUGGUGGCGGCUCGUGUUGGUGGAAUGAAGGAUAUCUUGGGUACCAUGCAAAAAUUAGUAUUUUACAUGUUGACAGUCAUUUGUGGCCAGCUUAUUCACUCCCUGAUCGUGUUACCACUCGUAUUCUUCAUUUUCACUCGGAAGAAUCCUUAUGUGUUCAUGAGAGGUCUCACAGAUGCCUUGAUGACAGCAUUCGGCAUCGCUUCCAGUGCAGCCACUCUCCCGACAACUAUCCGCUGUGUGGAAGAAAACAACGGCAUCGAUUCACGCAUAAGUCGCUUCAUGUUGCCUCUUGGUGCCACUCUCAACAUGGAUGGCCUGGCCCUCUCACGAGUGGUGGUAACUAUCUUUGUUGCUCAACUAAACGACAUCUCCCUUAGCCCAGGAAGAGUUGUUGUUGUCUGCUUAAUUGCUAUUGCUACUUCCAUUGGCGCCGCAGGAAUACCAGGAUCAGGAAUCAUGAUCAUUAUUGUUCUCCAAGCCGUUAAUCUUCCAUUGCACGACUUUGGCAUUAUCAUGGCUAUUGAAUGGAUGCUGGAUCGCUGCAUCACAACUGUCAACGUCCUUGGGGACGCAAUGGGUACUGGGAUCGUGGCACACCUCUCACGUGACGACUUGAAGUUAGAUAAAGAAAACGACAAGGACAGGAGAGAUUCGCAAGGGCUAAUGAUGAACAGUGAUCUUUGAUUAUUCUUAUUGAUAGCAGUUUAGCAAUAGUCACCGAAUUGGAGGUGGCUAGUGGUGGAUAUUUACCGAAUCACGAAGUAUCGAGGUAAAUAACCACUACUAGCCACCGACACUGACGUAAAUAGUUGUUCUAAUGUAUAAUCAAACAGUAAGAUAAUAGAGCACUAAAAAUUGAAUUUAAACUCAUUCAUUCCCGGUGACGACUAAAAACCAUUUGGGCGCAAAUCCAGCGUGCGCUGCUCAGAGGUGAAUAGCAAAUGGUAGACGGAGUUGGGUAGCCAAUCAGAGCGAGCCUUCAAUGUUAUCCACUGUUUGAGCAUAUACUACAUACCUCCAGUAUAGGAGUAGGUUCGCAACGGAAAGGUAAAGUUGAU